GAACCCAUGUGCGUUCGUAUUUAGAAUUUCUCACGUGUAGAACGCAGGACUUGUGAUGUUUAAUGGAUAAUUUAUAAUAUAACAUCUCAGAAAACAUGAAGUUUGCAUACAAGUUUUCCAACUUAUUGGGGGCAUUUUAUCGCCAUGGGAACCUGUGUUUCUCUAAAGAUGGGAAUUCUGCCAUCAGUCCUGUUGGCAACCGCAUCUCCGUCUUUGAUCUGAAAAAUAACAAAUCAGAAACCUUACCAGCAUCCACCACAAAGAACAUCAGCUGUUUGGGAAUCUCUCCAGAUGGGAAUCUUGCCAUUCUUAUAGAUGAAGAUGGAGCAGCCAUACUGGUCAGUUUGGUCACUCGGGCAGUACUUCACCAUCAUCACUUCCACAGUCCUGUUCACAGUGUGUCCUUCUCCCCUGAUGGAAGGAAGUUUGUGAUAACAAAGGAAAACGUGGCUCUGAUGUAUCAUGCACCUGGAAGAAACCGAGAGUUUAAUGCAUUUGCAUUAGACAAGAGUUAUUAUGGGCCAUUUGAUGAGACAACGUGUAUCGACUGGACAGAUGAUUCCAAGUGCUUUGCUGUGGGUAGUAAGGACAUGACCACCUGGAUCUUUGGAGCAGAGAGAUGGGCGAAUCUCAUCUACUACUCGCUCGGUGGUCAUAAGGACAUCAUAGUGGGCUGUUUCUUUGAGAACGACAGCUUAGAUAUGUACACAGUGAGCCAAGAGGGCACUUUGUGUGUAUGGGAAAGUGACACUGAGCUCGAGGGCUUACGGAAGGGCCCAAAAUAUUCUGAGAGAAAGAAGAUGGAGGAGGAGAAAAAAAAGAGAGAAGAAGGGGAAAGCAACGAAGAUGAUGAUGUUGAGGAUAUUGUAGGGGAGGAUGGAGAGACCAGAGGAGAUGUGAUUAAAGGAAGCGCAGAUACACCAAAACAAGUGGAAGGCAUCAAAAAUGUCCGCUAUUCACAGAGGAGCAAACACUAUUUUAACAAGGCCGGUGAUUUCAACAAGUUAACAGCUGCAGCUUUCCACAAGAAAACACACAUCCUUGUGACAGGUUUUGCAUCUGGAGCAUUCCACCUGCAUGAGCUGCCAGAAUUUGACCUCAUUCACUCACUCAGUAUUUCAGAUCAGAGGAUUUCUACCAUUGCUAUGAAUCCCACUGGUGACUGGAUUGGCUUUGGCUGCUCAGGCCUGGGCCAGCUGCUGGUCUGGGAAUGGCAGAGUGAGUCCUAUGUGUUCAAACAACAGGGACACUUCAACAACAUGAACUCUUUGGCUUAUUCACCUGAUGGUCAGUAUCUUGUUACUGGAGGGGAUGAUGGAAAGGUUAAAGUGUGGAAUACCAACAGUGGCCUCUGUUUUGUGACGUUCACUGAACACUCCAGCGGUGUCACCAAUGUUGCCUUCACCUCCAGUGGCUUUGUGGUGGUCAGUGCCUCACUAGAUGGCACUGUUAGAGCAUUUGACCUGCACAGGUACCGGAACUUCCGUACCAUGACGUCUCCACGACCGGCUCAGUUCUCCUCUCUGGCAGUGGACAGUAGUGGGGAGUUGGUGUGUGCAGGUUCUCAGGACUCCUUUGAGAUCUUCCUAUGGUCCAUGCAGACUGGACGACUGCUAGAGGUGCUCAGUGGUCAUGAGGGUCCUGUCAGCAACUUGUGCUUCAGUCCAGUCCAGUCUGUGCUCGCCAGUGUGUCAUGGGACAAAACAGUCCGCCUGUGGGACAUGCUGGACAGCUGGCAGACCAAAGAGACCUUGCGACUCACCUCUGAUGGACUGGCUGUUACGUAUCGUCCUGAUGGCCAGGAGUUGGCAGUUGCCUCUCUGGAUGGUGAGAUCACAUUCUGGACCCCUCAGACUGGAGGACAGACUGGCUCUAUCGCUGGCCGCCAUGACCUGCAGAUGGGCCGUAAAGAAACCGAAAAGAUCACUGCUAAACAGUCUGCCAAGGGAAAGUCCUUCACCUCCUUGUGCUACUCAGCAGAUGGUGAAUCGAUCCUUGCAGGUGGGCAGUCAAAGUUUGUGUGCAUUUAUAACAUCAAGGAACAUGUUCUGAUGAAGAAGUUUGAGAUCUCCUGUAAUCUCUCUCUGGAUGCUAUGGAGGAGUUCCUCGACAGGCGUAAGAUGACUGAGUUUGGUAGUCUCUCUUUAGUGGAUGAAGGCACAGGGGAUGGAGACGGAGUGGAGCUCAGUCUUCCUGGAGUCAAGAGAGGUGAUAUGAGCUCCAGACGCUUUAUACCAGAGAUCCGUGUUAGCUCUCUCUGCUUUUCACCUACUGGGCGCAGUUGGGCAGCAGCCUCCACUGAAGGGUUGCUGAUCUACUCUCUUGACGCCUCACUGGUGUUUGACCCCUAUGAUCUAGACAUGGAUGUCACACCGGCAAGCAUACGGCAGCAGAUGAAGAAAAAAGAGUGGGCAUCAGCCAUUUUGCUGUCUUUUCGGCUAAAUGAAAUGCCACUCAUAAGAGAGGUUCUGGAAGCAGUUCCGUAUGACCAAAUUACGGUGGUAUGUAGCUCACUGCCAGAUGUGUAUGUGGAUAAGCUUCUGAACUUUGUGGCCUCAACAUUGGAAAAGUCCAACCACCUGCAGUUCUACCUCAGCUGGGCUCAGUGUCUGCUUACCUUACAUGGACAAAAGCUCAAGAACCGAUCUGGAGCUGUAUUGCCUACUGUACAGCAGCUACUGAAGAGCAUCCAAAGACACAGUGAUGAUCUAUCCAAACUUUGCGACUGGAACAUUUACAACAUUCGUUACGCCGCUGCUCUGUCUAAACAGAGAGGGAUGAAAAGAACAGCAGCAGAAUCCCUCAGUGAUGAAGAGGAGGAGGAGGAGGAGGAAGUGGAAAUGGACUCCGGAGGUGAUGAGGAGAAUAUAUAUAAUGAAUGAGUCUAUAGUGCUGGAAAACUGAUCAUGAACACUUCAACUGAAACAUAACAGAGCCAGGUCAGGGCUUGGACGAGCAGCAGUUAUUAUGCAGGUUUAUGUCUUUUGUCAGUGUAAACAUGGACAGACAGCACCUACAAACUUGUUAGAAAUGAAAUGACACAGUUUAAAUUUUAUAUAUAAAAUUUGAACAUUGGCUCAACUGUUGGUAAAUGUGUUGUUUCUACUUUUUUAUUCUUGUAUAAAAGAUGUGGAAGCUUGUUUCUGCCGGAAAAAAAGGGGUAAUUGCAACCUAUUUUAAAAUUCUGACUUUUUUUCUUGCAAUUCUGAAUUUAUAUCUCACAGUUCAGACUUUUUUUCCCCCUCCCAGAUAUUAAUUUACAAUUGCAAGGAAAAAGUCUAAAUUGUGAGAAGUUGCAAUUACCAUUUUUUGUUUGUUGUUUUUAAUCGUGAUGGAAAUAAGCUUCUAUAGAAAAUGAUUUUUGUCUUAUAAUAGAAAAAAUGUUGAUUUAAAUAUAGAAAGAGUGUUCACAGAGUUUGUUUCAUUGGAUUGUUUUCAAAUAGACAUAGGCUGCCAUAGCUUCUUUACAUGCCUAAUAAUGCUGUCUUUGAGCACAGUGUCUCCCAAAUGAUAUCUGUAAUGAUUUAUGUCCCAUUUGGCUGCAACUUUAAUGCCAAGCUGCAUGACAGUUCAUAAGACUGUCCAUAAUUUUUGCAUAGAAUUGUAGUUACAGUAUUGUUUCCAUAAUGUAUGCUUUAAAUUUGCUGUGUAACAGGAUGGUGCUUGAAACAUCAAUCCUUUCCACAACCACCCCACAUUCCUGAGGAUUACUGAUGGUGAAGUCUCUAUCAGUGGGUCUUUUUUACAUUAGUGUUCUAUAAGGGCUGCACAAGUAGGGAAGAGUGGGGUAAGUUGUGCAACUAGGCAUAGAGAGAUUAAACGGCUAACCCCAAAGCAUACUGAGAAAGGAUUCAGUUAAUAAUCUUCAUGAUCUUAUGCAUGGGCAUUUCACCAACAAGUAUUAAACUUCAGACCCUGAAAAAUGUGAGCUUUUGGACAAUGUCUUGGCCACCGGUUUCAAUAUUUUUAAACUGAAUAAAGACUCAAAAGAUUAAAGUUUUCCUAAGCCAUAUUGUAUGAGGAACAGACAGAUAUUGAAGAUUACUGAAAAUGUUGACUUCAGUUCAUGAGAGAAGUAGUGAUUAAGUUGGAUCUUUUUAGUGGGGAUAAACUAAAUAUGAACAAGAAAUAUUUAAUCUAUAAUGUAUAAUGGGGACAAGUAGGCUAUAAAGUAUUAUAAUCAAUGAAUGACAAGCAUGUGUGUUGAAGUCUAUGAGAGUCACAGAUUUCUGCUAGAGAACAAGAACCAAUCAGUUCAUUUUAAUCUUCCAUUUGGAACACUUACUUCGAUAUAAAGCAAACUGUCUCAUGACAUGAAGUCAUACUGUACAAUACUAUACAAGCUUGGUCUUAUUGGUUUAUUUCCUUUGUGGUGUUGUUUCACAUAUGUUGUGAAAUGUUAUUAAAAUGGUUCAUAGAGAGAAAUGUUUGGAUGAAUUC